UUCAACCCUUUUUAUACUUCAUACUCCAAACUCCAAACUUCACUUCUAAAAAUAUCUAUUUACUUCUGACAUUCUUUAUCAUCUUCUUUUCCUAAUCAAGCUUGCAUCAAUUCUCAGAUAUGGAGGCAUAACCUAGGUAGCCAAUUCUUCUAUUCAUAGAUAGUUUUUGACUGGGUGAAGGGUCAUUACCAUCUGGGAGUGUCCAAACUUCAUCUGAAUCUCAAGAAACCACGUCAUGCUAGAGAAUCUUCUAACAUUGGCUACAAUCAUUUCUACCAUAUUCACAAUUACCCUCUUAUUAAUACCCAAACAAUAUAUCAAACACUCGCCUCCAAUGGCUACUCAAAAUAGUGCAAAUGUCGAGCCGAAGAUAUCUGUUCAGGUUUUGGUCUUGGGAGAUAUCGGGCGAAGUCCUCGAAUGCAAUAUCAUGCUAUGAGCAUAGCAAAACAUGGUGGAAGAGUUGAUCUUAUUGGAUAUGAAGAAUCCGAACUGCCUUCUGGCUUAACAGCUAAUCCUCUUAUCACAAUCGUACCUUUACCGCUACCACCAACAAAUCUACGAGAUGGUACUUUACCAUUCUUCUUCGCAGGUCCCUGCAAGGUUUUAUGGCAGAUUUGGACCUUAUUUUUUGUUUUAUGUUAUACUACAAAACCAGCAAGAUGGCUUUUAGUUCAGAACCCUCCCUCAAUUCCCACCUUCUUCGUCGCAUACCUCGUCUGUUUGAUACGCAACACUCAUUUAAUAAUUGAUUGGCAUAAUUAUGGAUGGACCAUCCUAGCAGGAACAAGAGGCCCGAAACAUAUCUUCGUUCGACUAUACAAGUGGUAUGAAGCUUUCCUUGGAUCAUGGGCACCAACAGCUUCAUUCACAGUUUCGAAAGCAAUGGAGCGCCAACUCCGCGAAAGUCCCUACAAGAUCAAAUCACCAAUCUUUACCCUUCACGAUCGACCUGCUUCCAUCUUUCAACCGAUUACCGACGAGGCGAAGCGACGUGCUUUUCUUCAACGUUUACCAGAAACAAAAGAUCAUGUCGAUGCAAUUAUGAAUGGAGAUGUAAGACUAUUAGUUAGCAGUACAUCAUGGACUCCUGAUGAAGAUUUCAACCUUCUUUUGGAUGCGCUCGUUAAAUAUGGACCAUUUGCCGAAUUUGAUUGCCCACCAAUUCUUGCCAUCAUCACUGGAAAAGGUCCACAGAAGCAAAUGUAUCUUGAUCGAAUUGCCGAACUCACUGAAAAUUAUGAUUUGGUCAAUGUGACAAUCAAGACUGCAUGGCUUAGUAUUGAAGAUUACGCCUCGUUACUUGCAUGCGCCGACCUUGGAGUUUGUUUACAUAAGAGUAGCAGUGGUGUAGAUCUACCCAUGAAAGUGGUUGAUAUGUUUGGAGCAGGAUUACCAGUAGUCGGAUAUGAUCAAUAUUUCAGUUGGCCUGAGUUGGUCAAGGAAGGUAUUAAUGGAUGGGGAUUUACAACAGCGAAAGAUUUGGCCGAGAUUUUGGAGGAAGUCUUCAAGGAUACCAGUGGAAAGGAAUUGGCGAGAUUAAAGAAGGGGGCUAUUGAAGAGGGCAGAAAGAGAUGGGAUGAAGAAUGGGAUGGGGUUGCUGGGAGACUUUUAGGAUUGAUUGACUGAUUGAAUGGAAAAUGGAAAAUGGAGGGGAAUGGACCCUGGAUGCAUGUAGUUGUAAAUAAUGUACAGGAUAUAGUGUAUCAUAAUUUCUGUAGAUGUAACGUCGACGGACAAAGCUGCUUGGGAACAUUGGCAGAAAGUCAUGGGCCAGUUUACGAUGCAUGUAUUAUAUCAAAUAUUAAAAUCAUC